AUGCUCCCCGCCGACGUCGCCAACCGCCAGGCCUGCAGGCGGGCCGUCUACAGCGGCGCCUGCGCCCUCACCCUCCCCAUGAAGACGCUCUGGCUCGUCGUCUACAUCGCCGACGCCGUCCUCGUCUUCCUCGUCAUCCCCUUCGCCAUGUUCUACUACGAGGGCGACCAGGACAAGUCCGUCGGGAAGAGGCUCAAGAGCGCCCUCAUCUGGGUCGUCGCCUCCGCCGUCGUCUGCGGCCUCGUCCUCGGCAUCCUAUACGCACUUAUUGGUAAAGUGGACUUCACUGUCAGGCACCUCUCUUCAUCUGUCCAGGCAUUUCCAAACCCAAACCAGUUCAGUGCAUUCACAAGUGGCCAACCUUGCAUCGCCCCAUUGACCCGCCAGUGUUCAGCUAAUACUGCACCUCCUAACUCCCAAACAACUUGGACAAUGCGCGCUACAUUCCCCGAAUACGUGGUUGCCCUUGCUACCAUUGUUGGAUCUGUGCUCUUCACAAUAUUUGGUGGUGUUGGCAUUGCUUGCCUUCCAUUGAGUCUUAUAUUCUCGUUUGUCCGGCGUCCAAAGGCUGUCAUCACACGCUCACAGUAUAUAAAGGAAGCUACUGAAUUAGGUAAGAAGGCCAAGGAAUUGAAGAAGGCAGCGGAAGCCCUUCACCAAGAAGAGAGAAGUGGGAACAAAGGCAGAAAAUGGCGCAAAAACGUGAAGGCUGUCGAGAAGGAGUUGUUACUUUUGGAAAAUGACAUGAAUGCUCUAGAAGAGAUGUACCCUCAAGGAGAGAAGGCAGAGGCUACCUGGGCUUUUACAGUGCUUGCUUACAUUGGGAAACUCAUAUUCGGCAUUGUUGGGUUAAUUGUAUCGAUUGCUUGGGUUGCACAUAUUAUCAUAUACUUGUUGGUUGAUCCUCCUCUAUCUUCUUUCCUGAAUGAGAUCUUCAUAAAGCUGGACAGUGUUUGGGGUCUGCUUGGGACUGCUGCUUUUGCAUUCUUCUGCUUCUAUCUCCUCAUCGCAGUGAUUGCUGGGGAAAUGAUGCUUGGCCUGAAAUUAGUUUUCAUCACCAUUCACCCAAUGAAAUGGGGAGGAACUUUGAUGAAUUCGUUCCUGUUUAAUGUAGGACUGAUCCUACUCUGUUCCAUCAGGUACAAUGUUUUCCAGUACGGCUUUGUUGCCCUUGCCAUACUCACCCUCUUCUACUAUGCACUUUUUGGAUGGCGAAAGAGGAAACCGACAGGAAGAUUCCAGCUCUCAAGUUAA